CUGCGUCCAUAUAAACAGCCCGGAAGCAGCGGCUCCCCAGCUGUGUCGCUCAUUUCUCUGGCCACGAUUACCUUCCAUCUUCAAUAUAUCGGCUAUGGUUAAAACUACAACAUCCAACUAUCUGCAGUCCAAGGUCCAGCGCGGAUCCAUCGAGAAUCCCGGCCAAUUCUGGCUCAGACAAGCCCACGAGCUGUUGGACUGGGCGGUCAAGCCGACGCAGGCGCUCAGCACGACUUUACCGGGCGAGGAGCAUAAGGCGCAAUGGUUCCCUGGCGGCUACUUCAACAUGUGCUACAACACCACCGCUGUCAUCUACGACUCGCCAGUGACCGACACAGUCAAGAAGUACACGUACGAUGAGCUCCUGCGCGAAAUCAAGGCAUUCGCAGCGGUGCUCAAAGGCCACGGCGUAACAAAGAGCGAUGUUGUUUUGCUGUACAUGACCAUGGUGCCGCAGACGCUUAUUGCCAUGCUGGCGUGUGUGCGUCUAGGUGCGGUGCAUUCAGUGGUGUUUGGCGGAUUUGCGCCGCCCGAGCUCGCCAAGCGCAUCAAGGACUGCCUGCCAAAAAUCAUCUUGACCAACACCUUGCGGGUGAUUGCGUACAAGCCACUGUUGGACGCUGCGCUGCGAAUUGCAGAGUAUACACCGGACUCUAUCAUUGUGCUGCAGCGUGAGCAGCUCAGAGUCGAGCUGGAUGCAGGUAAGGCGCGAGUGGCGAAGCACUUUGCCAACUCCCACGAUCUUGAAUGUGUGCCUGUCGAGAGCAACCACCCGCUGUACACUCUGUACACCAGUGGCACCACGGGCAUGCCCAAGGGCGUCGUGCGGCCGACCGCCAGCCACGCCGUUUCUCUGCUCUACGCCCAGCGCAACAUGUACGGGCUGCGUCCCGGCGAAACCAUGUUCACCAUGAGUGAUUUCGGAUGGGCGCUAGGACACAGCUACUCUGCAUAUGCCCCCCUGUUGAACGGAAGCACCACGAUUCUGUACGAAGGUAAGCCCGUGGGCACGCCAGACGCCGGCCAGGUCUUCCGUGUGUUUGCUCAGCACAAGGUCAAUGUAUUUCUGUGCGCGCCCACCGUCAUCGUUGUCCUGCGCUGUGCUGACUCCCAGGGCCAGUUCCGUCAAAAGUAUGACCUGUCGCACAUGCGCGGGCUGUUUUUGGCUGGCGAGCGGUGCGCACCCGAAGUCCAGCGCUGGUGGAUGAGCCUGAUUACUGGUAAGCCCGUGUCCAGCAGUGAGCCGACGGUCAAGUACACCGAAAUAAACAGCAUCGUCAGCGACCACUGGUGGCAGACCGAGAGCGGGAUGCCGCUCACUGGUAUCUGCAUCGGCAUGAGCGACAGGGCCGAUGACCUUGUGCCAGUAAAGUACGGAAGCGCUGGAUUGCCAUUGCCAGGCGCCAACUUGAAGGUGGUCAGGGUGAAGGACGCAAUGUCGGAAGACGCCGAUGCAGUAGACCCAACCCCAGAGUACGCAGAUCUUGACGAAGUCGGCAAUAUUGUACUGAAGCUGCCGCUGCCGCCGGGCUUCUUCUCCACGCUGUGGAAUGACGACAAGCGCUUCUACAGCGCGUACUUCCGACGCUACCCUGGAUACUACGACACUGGCGACACCGGUAUGAUUGACAAAGACGGCUAUGUGCAUAUUCUUUCACGCACCGACGACGUCAUCAAGGUGGCCGCCCACCGUCUGUCAACGUCCUCGAUUGAAGAGGUCGUGUUUGAGCACAGCGAAAUUGCCGAGUGCUGCGUGGUGCCGCACCCGGACUCCAUCAAGGGCAGUGUGCCCAUGCUGUUUGCUGUCCUGCGGUUCACCCCACCUCAUACUCCAGAAGACGUCAUCAGGGAGGAGAUUGUCAGCCUGGCGAGAGCGCGUGUGGGUCCUAUUGUGUCGCUGUACAGCAAGAACAUUGUGUUUGUGAAGAGGCUGCCCAAGACGCGCAGCGGCAAGAUUCUGCGCAAGAUGAUUCGGAUGAUGAUUGAUUCGGUCCACAACAAAGGCACGGCGUCUGUUGACGAAUGCCCCAUUCCAACACCGGCUACCAUUGACGACGCGACCAUCAAGACCGAGAUAUGGCAGACUAUUGUCUCAUUGCGCAGCGAGUGAACACCACCCAUCCCCGAGUGACAUCAGCCAUAGCCGUGGAGGUUUGCAUUUAAUAAACAACCAUGCAUCAAACAUUUGCCGAACCUUCCGAAGAUUUGCACAUUGGAAUGGAAUUGUUUACAUGUCUGUAAAUUAGGGAGGCAGCACUACUAUAGCCUACAUAUUGUCUGUCCCCACCUCCCACGGCUGUACCCC